ACACACGUUUUUUUUCUCUCUCUCUCUCCCUCUCUCAGUUGCUCACUCGCUCACUAUCGCUUCAUCUCUCUCUCCCACCCCCCUUCCAGCUGAGCUCCAAUCAUUCGGAUACCGUGUGCGAGAGUCAGGAAUACCGCUCCUUUCCCCAUCACCAAUCUCCCCUCUCUGACUCGAAUCUGCUCGCCCGCGAUGAGUGGGAUCCCCUCGGCACCAGGGCUCAGCUGCGACAGGAGUGCGCUGGCUAUGGAACGACGGGGCAGAGUCUGACGGAAGGAAAAAUAAGAGACUCCCUUCAUCAAGCCUUGGCUAAGGUGGAGCCGGCUGCUUUUAAUCAUCCCCGGACAAAGGUAGAGCACCGGACAGCUGUGACCAUGAGGGGGGGGGCAGCGGACGCUCCAAGCCCCCACCAGGUCUAGCUAGAGCUUCCCGCAGCCGCCCAGUCCCAACCUGCCAUCACCCGCAUGCCGAUGGGAAGAUGAGCGUCACCGGCCGGCGUCCCUUCAACGUCCUGGCUGUCAUCUUCCUCUUACUGUCCACCGCAGCUCUCUCAGCACACUUCCGGGUGUGUGAGCCAUACUCCGACCACAAGGGGCGCUACCACUUCGGCUUCCACUGCCCGCGCCUUUCCGACAACAAGACCUACAUGUUCUGCUGCCACCACAACAACACGGCGUUUAAGUACUGCUGCAACGAGACCGAGUUCCAGAACAUCAUGCAGCUCAACCUAACAAGCACCUCCGAUGGCGUCACACACAAUAACUACACGGCUCUUGUUGGCGUGUGGAUCUAUGGCUUCUUCGUCAUGGUCUUGCUGGCCCUGGACUUCCUCUACUACUCGGCCAUGAACUAUGAGCUGUGCCGAGUCUACCUGGAGAAGUGGGGCUUGGGUGGACGGUGGCUCAAGCGGGCCAGGAACCAGUGGGCCAGCGCGGCGCAGGCGGAGGACGGGGCCUCAUCACAUCCCAUUACCCUGGCUCAUCAUCCCAGACACAGCCUGAGAGGGGAGGCCCAGAGUCCUUCCGGCAUGUCCUACCACACAUCCACAGCCUGAAAGAUGCUAAGAUGACAUUGUACAGCUGUGAAACCAGGGAGAGGAGAAUACGCAGUGACACCACCAAGGAACAGGCCUCCAUCUUCUGAUUGCAGACACAACAGCAGCUGGUACCCCCUGGUGGACCCCGUGUCUCUUCCUUUUAGCUGUUCCUCUGGGUGCCUGAUAAAAGUAUCGCAACUGGGUAAAAGGGGCUGGGAAGAGGGUCCCCCAAGGUUUGUGAUUUUGGAUGGGACCCCGAGUACUUGGCCUGUGGGGCUGUUUUUUUUUUUUUUUUUUUUAAUGGGAACAGCGCCACCUCUCUUCUGCCGGCAGGCGUGACUCCAAGAAUUACUGGCAUGGUCGGGUGCACCGUUCUACAGCACUAUGUGAAAGGGGUUUAUAUAAGCAACAAGAAGGGAAGAAAGGUUGUGUCUCUUAGCACCGUUUGGGUCGUCUUUGUCCUACUCUGUUCCAGGUGUGGAUAGUUAUUAGAAUUUGUGGUAGGAUUUUUUAGGGGGGUUUUUAAUCGACGUGAGGCUGUCAGGUGAGGAGAGAAAUGUGAAUCUGGGACAUCGGUAAAAACAUAAAGACUAUUUCAGCUUCCAAAAUAAAACGAAAAAAAAAAGAUUUAAUACACCCAUCAAUAUAUGAAAUAUGAAUUAUUUUGCCUCCCUUUAAUGCAGUACAGGGCAGUUUCACAGACAUAUUCGAAACGAUUCUGUCUCUCGUUGCUAUGGCAGCCAGAUUUACAGGGCUAAGCUUGGUCAUCAGUUCACUUACUUGAAACACUGUUAACAGUAAUUGGAUUUGCGAUGCCGGAAUUGCCCAAAUCACAAAAUAAUUAAAAGGGAAAAACAUGUUGGAAACACAAAAGUACAUUGGACGCCGACAUUGUAAUAAAAUGUGUCUGACUACUAAAAUUCUAGAGGAGACGGGGUGAAGGAUGAGAUAGCAUAGCGUUAGCCGUAGCCCUGGAAUAGGUGAUAGUGAAUGUCUGUUGCCAUGUUUUAGAGCUCUUAUUGACUUUAAGCAGAAAGUGAUACAAAGUGCAGCGCUCCUGUGAGUAGUGUAAUGUGUCUGUAUUGUAGUACCUACUUGAUUUAGAAGGAUUAUACGCCAUCGUGUUGAGUAACUGUGGUUCAAAGGGAAAUUGCAGUCAUUCGAUCUCGGCGCACACUUCUUGAACAAAACUCAAGUCAAGCACAGGUACUCUACUGAACAUGACAGGAGGCUUUCGGGCCACUGUAAGUGGCUUUUUCUCAUGAUCACGUCACUCGCCACUUUAUAGAAAACUUCCCACAGAAAUUUAGCCUUCUUGGCUACCUGUGUUUAAUAGGAAGAAAUACAUGUAGCAGAGCAUGAAAAUACUAUAUGCUGCAGACGGAGGUUAUAAAUUAGGAGGCAGUGAUUACUGUAGGUGCAAAGGCAGCUCUUAUCCAAGGUGCACUGAUGUCCACACUGUAGAUGCUCUUAGAGGGAGCAUGAGUGUGGUUGGGUCUGGUCCCCGUUGCUUUCAGUUCUAUGGCUGUGUGGUAAACACCAGGGGCGGAGCCACAGGGGCACUAGAUCCAGCUGAUUGGUCCUUGCAGUCCCUGCAUCCCUGUCAUUGGCUAAUGAUAAGGUUGGUCCCUCUUUACGAAUUAUGGCCCCAAAUCCUAGACUCGCCCCUGGUGACCACUGUUUAAAGGUCAAUCUUUCAUUAAAACAGCAAGGUGGAGGUGGGGACAGUAUUUAAUAGUCUUUGAAGACUUUAAUCCUUUCCAGCGCAACUGAAGUGUAUAGAGCAGCGGAGUUGAUUAAUAAUGACAGCGAGAGGACACAUCCCUAUACCCCACCAGUCACAUUUCUACGAAACUUAGUAUUAUAGGUGUCAGGGAUUUAGAGAUGAACGCCUGAGUAGCAUGUUCUUAAACACCACUGAAAUGUCACCGGAACAGCAUAGGAGUGAGAUGAUGAUUUUGAGAAGCCCUUUGGCCCUGCUUCUGCACGGAGAUGACCUCUCCACCCUGUCUUCAGCUUAGCAGCUUACUGCAUGGCGAGCAUAGACGCACCCAAGCCAGAAGGAGGGCCUCCAGGAGAGAACCCUCCAGGUCUGAUCGUUACACAUUUUUCCCGCUCUGAUCUAUGAAACAUCUCAACGCCUGAAAGCUUCUGCAGUUACUUGUGUACCUGCAGGGGGCGAUACUUAUGAGAAGGGUUUGGUGAAAAACAGGAGCGAUGCCACCCCAUCAGACCUCACUAACCUCGCGUAAUAAAGCUCAACACACAGCCCAGCAUCAGCCUACUUGAACGAAAUAUACUGACAAAUACCAUCUCAUUGGUCCAAUAAAAAUCUUGUUUAUUUAUUUUCCUAACAGCAUCCAGAAGUACAACUGUAUCUUUCACGAAUUUGUACAGCUGUACAUUUCACUAAUUCAGUCCGGGCUAAGUAGCACUCAAGGGUACAACAGCAUCACCCUCCGUGUGACCUGAAACCUCUUAGUCAUUUUAUCAGUGGCUUCAGCAUUAGGCUCUCAGUCUGGAAUAUGACUGGGAGAGAGAGGGGAAAAAUCUCACAUUAAAUCUUAAUAAAUAAAUGGCUUCUCGAACUUAAUGAGAUCCUUUAAAACAUUUUUAUGUUGUUAAUGUUUGUGCUGCACCUCCAGGUUCUUGAAAUUCUGCCCUGGAGGUAGAGCUAAUGAUACUACCAUUCUGGGUAAAGGCCGGCAGUCAGCCAGGGCACUUUUGUUCAUCUCACAGGGACAAUGUAAGCUUCGUUUUAUCAGCUACAGUCAAUCCGAAGUUCUCAUUAAUGAAAGUUUAAUGACUUAUAUGCCGUUAUUUAUUCCCAGUGGUGAGAGCGGCUGAUCGUCUUCAAUCUUUGUGUGGUCUGUAUUCAAAUAAUUGGCUGGUGUGUAUGAUGGCGGGUGUGGGGGGGGGUCUAUGGCUUAUGUCCCACCCCCUCAAAAACCACAAGGUCUAGGCAGUUCAACCAGAAAAGAAACGUCCAACUGCCCCAACGAAAAAAGGACUGAAUUGAGAUUCAAAGCUGCAGUUAAAAGCCGUCAGAUAUUGGUUGUGGCGUCAAUGUGGAUCAGUGCUUUUGGUGUUAAUGGGUAGCAAGUAGCUGGACCCCCUCCCCCCCCCCCCCGGCAUAGAGGCCACCAGACUCAGCUUUCCUAAUGGAGCUUAAGUGAUCAUGUCAGCUUUGCAGUCUAUAAUGGAGCUGUAGUCCUGAAAUCCAGACACUGAGACGAAGCUGCUCUUCAGCGCUGCAGGAAUGACAGGGGUGUCCAUCGCCGAGCCCUGGGGGACCCGUGUAGGACCCGCGGAUCAACCAGCGGGAGUGUAGGUCGAAGCCCACAUGGAGGCAACCCGGCCAUCAGCACCGAGUUACACU